AUGAAUAACUUCACUUACUUCUGAUUGUAUCCAAAGGUGAAUGUGACAUCGAUAUCGACAUCGACUUCAACUUCUACUCCCCCGAACUCUAGCUACAUACAGCUACAGUUACCAAGAUGGGGCCACACAUAUCAAGCUAUCCACCUCUCGGACAGAUCACUCAGCUCAAAGACCAAAAUUUCCAUUUAAUCGCUCUUUUAGAAGUGGGAAAAGAUGUCGCCAAUGACCCUUGGGAAGUUGCUGUUUGGUAUACAUUUGACCAUCAUAAUUGGUCCGAGAAGAUCUUACCCCCCCUUCCCAGUAGUGAUUGUCCACCGUCACUUCAAACCAUCAAUUCUUCGAACGCUCUCCUAUACUUCUGUUCUCCUUUUUUCGCUUCCUCUCGCGUAAAAUUCACUCUGAAAUUCCGCAAUAGCCAUGAUCAACCGUGGAUGUGGUCUUACAACGUAUCAGGCGUAACUAAUGGCGUAGUCAUUAUCAACCAAGAGGAGUCUUUGGAUGGAACUGAACAAAGUCUCUCAGAUUUCAUCCAUGGAAUCAACCCAGACUUGUUAGUUAAACCCGUAGCAAGUCAGACUCCUAAUACUCGACUUUGGACUAUAACUGCAACCGUUGGCCCAGCUGAGGAGGACCGUUCCACUUAUCACAAUAUAGAACUCGGAACCCCAUGUGGUUAUAUGCGAUAUUUUGCUCUAGUUCGGCACGCCUUGCCAUGGCUAGGUCCCAGGCAUGGUAGCGAUACGAUCAGCCUCGACAAGAAUGCUGUCAUGUGUUCCUUUCUCAACCUUAAUGGACAACAUCUUGUCUUGUUAGGGAUCAGCGAUGUGGCCAACGUAAUGACUCUUCUUCGGAGUUCGGAUACGGGCUCUGUACAAUUGCAUAUCCGCAACGAUGCCGAAACCGAUUCAGACGGUCUUGUUCUGGCUGCUGUAGGCCAUAACUUUGAAAGCGCCAUGGCUGCUGUAAUGUACCACGCACGUACUAUUCCUCUGACUACCGGAAGUGAUCAUGGAAAUUCGACUCCGGAUAUCCAAACUGUGAGUAAUGAUGUGAAAGCUCAAUGGAAUGAGAAUUGGUACGACGGACUAGGAUAUUGCACUUGGAAUGCCCUGGGACAGCGUCUCACUGAUGAGAAGGUGAUCCACGCUAUUGAGACGUUGGCGAAAAACCACAUCAAUAUCAGCAGUCUCAUCAUAGACGAUAACUGGCAGGACAUUGAUUACCAAGGUGGAGAUCAAUAUCAGCAUGCUUGGAAAGGAUUCGAGGCAGAGCCUACUGCAUUCCCACAUGGUCUCAAAGAUACAGUUUCUCGUAUCCGAUCAAAACAUCCUGGAAUUAAACAUGUGGCCGUUUGGCACGCUUUGCUAGGAUACUGGGGAGGCAUCUCAAGUGACAGCGACCUCGCCAAGAGGUAUAAAACAAUACAAGUCGAUCGACAAGAUGCUAGUGCCCAGGGGCCCAUGACUGUUAUUGCCAAAGAAGACGUGGGGCAGUUUUACAACGAUUUCUACCAAUUCUUGUCUGAUUGUGGGAUUGAUAGCGUCAAGGCUGACGUUCAGUAUAUGGUUGAUACUUGGAUUUCUGCUAAGCAUCGCCGAGAACUCACCGAAACAUAUCUAGACAGCUGGGUGGUCUCUGCCCUUAGAUACUUUAGCAUCAAAGCUAUCUCGUGCAUGUCGCAGACGCCACAACUCCUAUUCCACCAGCAAUUACCACACAACAAGCCGGCCAUGGUUGCGCGAAAUUCAGAUGACUUUUAUCCCGAUGUUCCCGAUUCGCAUCCAUGGCAUAUUUUCGCCAAUGCCCACAACACUCUAUUAACUCAGCACCUAAAUAUUCUACCGGACUGGGACAUGUUCCAAACAGAUCACGAGUUUGCGGGCUUCCAUGCUGCUGCGCGUUGUCUAAGCGGUGGACCGAUCUACAUCACCGACGUCCCAGGGAACCAUAACCUGGAAAUUAUCAACCAAAUCACCGGGACCACAACUCUAGGAACGACAGUCAUCUUCAGACCUAGCGUCCUAGGUAAAAGCAUAGAUGCGUAUAUCGGCUACGACGAACCCAACAUACUCAAAAUCGGAUGCUAUAAUGGGAUGGCCGUGACUGGGACGCCGAUCCUAGGGGUCUUUAAUACCUCUCGCCAAUAUUUGCGAGAGAUCAUCCCCCUCUCCCGCUUCCCCGGCGUUCUUGAAUCCAGUAUGUACGUCGUGCGUGCCCACCGCAGCGGCUUCGUUACCCCGGCUCUAAAGCCCGACAAUCCCACCGCCGUGAUCCCCGUGCAAUUAGACGUGCGAGACUACGACAUCUUGACCGCUUUCCCUGUGACCUGGUUCGACAGCGAGACUAAUGGUGGAAUCCACGUUGCUAACCUAGGUCUAAUCGAGAAGAUGACAGGGGCAGCUGCUAUCAUGGCAAGCCGAUCCGAGCUACAACACAACGGCAGGGUGGUUUUGAGCACGUGGCUUAAAGCCUUGGGAGUCCUCGGUGUGUACAUCUCAUGUUUACCCGAUAUGUCGAUCGAGCGAGAUUUCAUAGCUACGAUGAGGGACGAGCCAAUCCCUGCUCACACAGCCAGAGUCAGUGAAGCCGACGCCCAUGUGUUGAGCAUCGAUAUCGAAACUGCGUGGAAGGAGAUGGGGCUGGAUUCUUGGGGAACCAGUGAUAUCGAAGUCAAGGUGUAUUUCGAUAUCGAACACCCUUGAUAAUGAGAAACAGAAUACCUUGGUGCCUAAUGCCUACCUAGUAGUUACUCGGGGUAUAUAAGUAUAUAUGCCUCUUGUUGGUAGAAGGGCUUUAAUGUUAGCAAGAAGGCAUAGAUUAGAUGAUUACAAGACGAGCAUGAAGUUACGAAAAUGAAUGAAUGAAAGCAGAUUGGUACA